GAGGAGAAAAGGAAAACAUUGUCAACAAUGCAAAUUGGCUUCAAGUUUGUCUUUUGCAGAAAAUUUUCUCCUCUUAUCCAGAGAGUCAGCAGCCAUCCAAGAUUUCCUAACCAUUUUUGUGGCUCAGUUUCACCAUAACUAACACUCUGCUGUCUAUUCCAAUCUGCCCCCAAUCUUUGUCCAAAGUCCUCCCCACUGUUCAACCUUAUUCAUGCAAUUAACUUGAGCCACUAAUAUAUUUCCAAAAAUAAUUUCAAGAAUCUGGAAUGGACUGCAAAUCCAAGAGCCUCAGAAUUAACUUGUGUGCACUCAUUAAUGUCUUCCAUGCUCCUCUUCAAUGAGAAAGCUCCUCCUCCUCAUCUCUGAGAACUCAUCUCAGAUUCUCUAGUGUUUCAAUUCCCGCCAAAUAUUGAUUUUGAACUUUUGUGCAUUUAAUGCUCUUGUGAGCCAUCACCAUGGAGAGGGUUUUACUUGGGAAUGGCAGUUGCAAAGGCUCAUUUGAGACCAAACCUGCAGACAACAUGGAAAUGGAUUUUAAUGAUGUCUUUGGGGGGCCUCCUAGGAGGUUCUCAAUCCAGGAAGUGAGGAAAAGGUACAGUUUCAAUGAUGAGAUGGAGUCUGAGGAGGAUUCAGCAGCUGUACCGGUUUUCAGGGCAGAUAGAGAUAGAAGAAGCCAGCAGGGCAAUGAGUUUUAUGAUGAUAUAUUUGGAGGAGAUGAGGCUUUCAGUUCACCAAGGAGGAUGGAUAUGGAGGCUUAUGGAUCGACAACGCCUGGCUCGAGAGUUUUAAGCCCUGCUUGGCCUUUGCCACCAAAGGCUGAGCCUUUUGGCACCUCUCUCCCAGCUCAAUUCAGCCUUCCUGCUAAGCUGACAAAAGCAACAGAUUAUCCUGCAUUUGGUUCUGGCAAUCGUAAUAGCAAGGAUGGUGCGUCGAAUGGCUCACUCUCGAGAUUUUCAAGCCAAUCGAGGCAGCGAGAGAAUGGGAGUAGUCAGAUGAUUUUCAGGCAAAGAUCUUUAUCCCGCGAAGCAUCUCUCAAUGGUGAUGAUGAGAAAGAUUCAGAAGGAGAUGUGGAGAAGGAAGCCCAGUUUCACUUCUCUAUAUACAAGUGGGCAGGCAAAGGAGUGCCAUUACUGACCCCUCUUAUGAGAGGAAAGAACAGAAAGGAGAAUAGCAGACUUGAAAGAUGUGUGAGCUCCAAUGCAAGAGUUCAGUGUGAUGAACCCGAUGGAAAGCUCAACGUAACGAUUGACACUAAGCCUAAUUCGUGGAAAAUUGGAAGUAAAAAGCAAGAGAAACAGAAUGAAAAUGAUUACAAGGAGCCAGAUUUUGUUGCCACUGAAGCAGUUGCCAACAUUUCAGAGUUGAAAAACCUUAACAAUGCAAAAAAUAAGGUUGUUCCUGAAGGGGCUAAGUCAGGUGCCAAAUUAGAAGGCGUAGAAGAAACUCUUUCUAAGAUCAAGGCAGAGUUUAGAAAUGGCAUACAGAAUGAAGGUUUAAGGAAAAAAGAAACAGAAUCCAAACCUCAAUCUGUGCUGUCAAAUGAUGUUCACAUAGGCCAAGGAAAUGGUGAUUCAAAUGCUCGUUUCAAUGAAACGAUGAAGAAAAGCGAGGUGAAGGUUGAUAAAGACUUGAAGAAAAGGGAAGUUGAGGCUAAAAUGAAUGGGAAGAAGAGUGGUAAUAAUAAUAAAGGAAUCACUAAAAAUAAAGUAGAGGUGCCUUCAAAUCCAGAAGAAAAGUUCAGUAAAGUUGGAGUGAAGGGAAAGGUCCAAGAAUUUGUUAAGAUCUUCAACCAAGAAUCAGCUAGUCCAGUCUCCAAAGGGGAAACUCGAAGCCAAAGCUCGAGAUGGAGAGGAGGCAACUUCAAUGUAGUGGAAAAAGAAAUGGCUGACAACAAUACAAGACAGACGAACGAGGAAGUGCAAUUUCCUAGUAUGAAUAAAACAGCAGCAGAUGCUUUUCAAAGGGUGGAGCAAAGCCUUAACACGAAGGAGAAAACGAAUAGACAUUCUCGUAAGAAACCCUCAAUUCAUCAACCUACCACUCCUCCUGCUGAUCACAACAGUGCUUCAUCAUUUUCUGAACCUAUUAAAAACGGUCUGAGGCGUUCAGUAGGAAGUGCAGAUGAUCUCUUCCAUGGGAGCUUUGUGGUGGAAGAGUUAUAUCAAGAUCAGAGCAAACCAUUACAGAAGAGUGGCGAAUCUCACGACGUGAAAGCUUCAGAUGCAAAGAUUCAGCAGUGGUCACAGGGGAGGAAAGGAAAUAUUCGGUCACUGCUUUCGACCUUACAAUUAGUUCUUUGGCCCGAGAGCGGAUGGAAGCCCGUGCCUCUGGUGGACUUGAUAGAAGGAAGUGCAGUGAAGAGAGCAUAUCAGAAAGCCUUGCUGUAUUUGCAUCCAGAUAAGCUCCAACAAAAAGGCGCCGCUUCUCAUCAAAAAUACAUUGCAGAAAAAGUCUUUGACAUUCUUCAGGAAGCAUGGGAUCAUUUCAAUUCGCUUGGUGGGAUCUGAUCAGAAGUAAAUAUCAGCCCAAUUCGAAUCACAAAAACUGGAAAAGUUUCAAUUACUUCUAUGGAACAGUGGAAUCUCAUAUAUUGCCAUGUUACAGUAAUACACUUCAAAGUUCAAACUUCAGAUAACCCCACAGAAAUCCCUCUUCUUUUUUCCCUGUAAAAAUUUAUUGUUUUAUCGACGUGUUGAUGAGUUCUUUUGAGGUUAUUACAUAAUACAUGAUACCUAUACUAUGCCAUUUCAAGACAA